AUGACUCAGGCACGACAUCCAUGUACAAGGCGCACUUUUCUGAAACUUGCAGUGUUCCUGCUGGUCGUUGCUAUCUCGAGAGCGUACACGUUUCAAGAAUUCGUCUCGACUGAUUCGACCCCGGGCGGUAACAAUUGCUCGACCACCACCGACAGCUUCCUCACUCUUCCCUUCUCAAACGAGACGCGGCUGGGCGAGAUGGACACGACAACGAACGUGCUCACGGACGGCAAGAAGAACAACCCGAACGUGUCGCAUCCGCGGACGUUGACCUCGCCCAACGAGUGGGACGAGGAUAAACCGCGGCUGAAAUUCCCGAAAUGCGCCGCGGACGAGCACUACAAGAUGGCGAGCUUGCAUCUCGAUAAGGGCUGGUUCGUCUUCGACUUUCUGCGGGCUUUCCUGUCCUUCGUGCAGCCUUACGACAUACCGACCGGUCUGUUGACGGACGCCGUGGAGAAUCGCAUAAGCACCGGCAAAUUGAUCUCCGAGUCCAUGCACGUGGAAGCAGCUUUUCUGGGCUUAGUAGGCGUGUGCUGCGUACUGGCCUGCUUAAUACCUGGCACGGAACUUUGGCUCGCCUGUCGUCCAAUCAGAGAGGAUUACAAACCCUCUCGGCAUCCCGGUGUUCUCGCAUCUCUCCUCGCCGUUCUCGCCUUUAUGCUCGGGUCUUGCAUGGUGACAAUGAUAAUAUGCAACGAGGCGGCGGCUGCCGGGAUCGGGAAGCUCCCUAUGACGGUCGAGACAGCGUUGCAGGACUUAAAGGACUAUCACACGGAUACGACGUCGCAGCUGCGAAAGUGUCUGACGAGGAGCUUGGACGUGGCCAGCGAGGCGAUCCUCGCCGAUCUGGACAAUGUCGAGGAAUUAUUGGGCAAACCCGUGCAGGCCGAGCUCUCGGCCGAGACCGGACUCGACGUCGCGUUGGACGCGUUCGUCGACCUGGCAAAUGCGACGCAGGAAUUAUCAGCCGGGGUCGAGUCUUUGCUCAGAGAGGGCGAGAAAGCGCGCGAGCUCGGAUCGGAAUUGAGCAGGGAAACGGACGAGAUACGGCGGGACUUGGAAGGCGCGGUGAGAGCGUGCUCCGGUCCAGAUCGUUCCCUUUGUGCUGUCAUUGACUCUUCGGGGAUUCGCCUGGAUCUGCGGAUAGAGCGGCUACUGAGGGACGACCGUCUACUACGUUUACGGAGCACUAGUCGGGAAAAUUUGACGGAAGCGGGACGCCAAGCUCGCGGAGAAUAUCUCCAUGUACCGCAUCACAUCGCCAGGACCACGUUGGACGCUCGAAACCAGAUUCGACGCGAGAUCAAUGCAGCGCGUGCCAGGAUUGUCGAUCAAACGCGCAAUAUAGAGACGAGCAGUUUCGAACUCUCAAAGCAGCUGGAUUUUGCGAGGAGCGUCGCGGAUUAUGUUAUACCUCGUGUCAUCGCUUUCGAGCACGCCAGAUGGAUCGUCGGUACAGCUACGGUUCUGUGCGUUUUGCCGGUCUUGUCCUUACUGAUGGGGGCUCUGUGCUGCCGCUGCGGAUCGUCCGAUGGCAAAGUGCGUCCAACCCUUUUGUGUGCUGUGAUCACGAGCUGUUUCGUCUCGAUUGCACUGUGGGCAGUGUUCGUCGUCGCUCUGGGCAUCUCCAGCCACACGGAGAUGUUGAUAUGUCGGCCGCUCUACGACCCUGACUACCGCAGCAUGGAAGCCGUGCUGGAAACCCGAGCGUUCUUAGGACGAAGGCUCGCAGUCCCCCUCAAGCAGCUCUUUGAAAAAUGUCGAAACAACGAGGCGGCUUAUCCCGCCUUCGGGCUCGAAAGCGCCAUGAAACUGGAGCAUUUGACUGCGCAUUGGACGUGGCCGGGCUUGUCGAGGGUAAUUUCGGAUAUUAGAGUCGACCUGAAGGGCCUGAAGAUACUGACGCCGGGUCUGCGGCUGCGUCUUCAGGAUCUGCUGCACGCCUGCGGCCUGAACCUCACCGCUUACAGGAUCACGAUCCAAGGGCCGAUUCUCAGCAAGGAUCUGAACACGAUGUCGGACCAGCUGGAGAAUAUAUCCCGUCAGCUGCAAGACCGCAGCAUCGCCAGGGAGUUGCAGAACAUCGGCAUAACGAUGCGGGACCUCGCGCUGCAGCGGGUGAGGCCUCUGAUGAGGUUGCAGGACGACCUGGUGUAUCGCCUGGCGGUCCUGGAGCUGCAGGUUCAGCCCCUCUGGCGCCAGGUCAAUCGGUCGAUCUCUCAUCUGAGGACCAUACAGUACUACAUAGACCACCAAGGCGAGAAGAUCGCUCAGCUGAAGACGAAGUCGUACGUGGACCGACUGGCGAAUUACCUGGAUCAGUGGCGGGCUCACGUGCUCGUUGAAAUGGCCACCGGGGUGUCCAAGUGUCGGCCCUUGUGGGACGUAUUGCAGGGAUUCCGGUAUCUGCUGUGUGCGCACAUCCUGAGCCCUCUCGACGGUUUCUGGCUCGCUGUGCUCGUGUGCGCGCUCGUCAUGGUCGCCAGCACGCCGAUCGCCCACGUCUUGUCGCUGGUGUACAAGAGGCAGUCUCAUUACGCGAGAAACCUCAACCUACUGUCGACGAGAGCCGAGAGUGUCAACACGGACGACGGGACGUGGCAAACACCCGAGCCUCCUCCGCCGGCGCCGCAGAGCGACUGGUAACGAUCGAGGACGAGGGACGAGGGACUUGGGGUCGCAGGCAGCUCGGCACUCGGCUAAGCGGGCUAAGGAUAAUUAUACGGCAUACAUCAGACUUUAAUAUCAUAGCGGGAACAUGGGAGAAGCUUCAAGUAUAGAUCGUACAAAGUAAGUCGCGCUCGUGUCUAACUGGUCGCAAGCGGACCUCUCUACUAGA